AAAUUUUUUUGUAUAACACUAACGUAAUCACUACUAACUUAGAAAGUAUUAGUAUUUCGUAGUUUCAAUAGGGUAAAGCUGUAAUAAAUUUAAUAUAAAAUGUAUUUUAUUUCUAACGUUGUGAAAGUGACCAUCCCCAACUACCUAGCUGGCUUGCCUAUCCCGGAUUCCUUCGGUGGAUGGUUUCGCCUAAGCUUCCGUGACUGGUUGGCUUUGGUGCCACCAACAUUAGCCAUUGGUGGAAUCUCUUAUGUUUCCUAUCAAACAGUAAAAAAAGCAAGAGAGGCUGGACAAAUCAACCAUCUAAUUAGAAAGGAUUUGAAUAAAGUAGUUGAUUUCAUUGAUAUUGAAGACAUUACUGAAAAAGCUUCCUUAUGUAGAUGCUGGAAAAGCAAAAAUUGGCCAUACUGUGAUGGUGCUCAUGGUUCCCAUAACAAGGAAACCUGUGAUAAUGUUGGCCCAGUAGUUGUCCGACACAAGCAACAACAACAAUGAACAAACAACACUUUUAACCGAUCAAUAGCCUAGUUCAAAUUUGUGAUAAAAUUGUGAUUUGAUCAAAACCAUAAACAUAAUUUAGUUCUCUUAUUAAUAAUGCAUUUUGUGCAUUUAAUUAUAUGAAUUGUAUUAGAAAAUCAGGUUUAUAUUUUAUUAUUUUUUUUUUUAUUUUAAAAAUUAUACAAUUUUUUUAAUUCAAGUUUAUGGUUUUGAUAUUCUGUCUAUAACAAGUAUAUGUAAGUGUAACUGUGAAAUAAUAAAUAUUGUAAUUAGUGUUCCAAUUUCGUUACGUAACCCUCAGUAUUUCAUUGUUAUCAGUUUUUUUUAAAUAAAGAUUUUUAUCACUUGUA